AUGGUGAAGCCACCUGGUGACAUGAAUGAGGAUUUAGGCCAGCGUAGCCGACAUCCUCAGUUGUUUGUCGACGUGUUGGCCGCCGCUGCAAGAAUGGAGGAGAGAGUGAUAACCGACUUGCCAUCGUUUUUCGUGAUGAGGUUGGUCGGCGAUGCAAUGGCGUGCGAAGAAAGGCGGUGAGU